GGUUGAGUGUCGUGCUUCGUAAUUUUCCUUGAUUGUUAGAGCGGAAGACGUAUAAGCGUUCUGUAGGUGGUUUUAACACGUAAGCGGUCUUUUUAUUUUUUAGAAGUGUAAAAGCAUAAAACCUUCAAAGUAUUGAAUUCCCGUCCAGCCGCCAGGUGAUUUGUGUGUGAGACAAAUUUAAUUGAAAGAUGAAUCUCCUUCUCUGAAAUGGUUAAUGGACUGAUCAGGCUUCAACACAGUUACAUCCGUAAGGAAUCAGGCUAAUUCUCAAAACCUUGGUCUAAAGCAUCAAGCCUGUCCAUCAGACUUUUCUACAAAUUCCUUGAGCUAAACUACAGACCAAACAGAAAUUAAGCAUGGAAUUAAAAGAGAUCGAAGGGAUCAUCCUCACAGUCCUUUACGCCAUCACGAUGCUCGGAACAUUUGCAGGGAAUGGUCUCCUCAUCUACAUCGUGUGGAAGAAACCUGAGGUGAGAUCACUGACAAGCUUUAUGUUCGUCAACAUGGCUAUCGCCGAUUUACUGGUGGCAUUGAUUGUGAUGCCCUGGUCGAUUGCCCAUGUAUAUACAGACGGCUUAUGGAUGAUACCGGGAGUAUUUGGAGAAGUCAUGUGCAAAGGUGUGGUAUACAUUGCCUAUGCCACAUUAACAGCGUCCAUUCUCUGUCUGACAGUCAUGGCAGUCGAUAGGUACUAUGCCAUUGUUCAUCCCCUUCGUCGCUAUCUUUGGUUUCGGAAACCUAUACUAACUGUUCCAUUUAUUUGGAUCUUUUCACUGGCUUCAAUGUCCCUUUUUCCAGCUGUUCAAACCGUGGAAGACCACAAUUCCCAAUGCAUGCUAUCUGUUUACGUUUUGGGUGAUCCAGAUGAGGCUAUCCGAGGCAUAUACCUCUACCUUGUGGUAUUGAACUAUCUGAUCCCUUUGAGUGUCAUUUCUUUUCUGUACACUAUAACUGCAAGGAGGUUAUGGUUCCAUGUCGCACCUGGAAAUCAGCAUUUAACAGGGAAUCGACAGCAACUCGAGACAUCUAAGAGAAGAGUGGUUCGGAUGCUCAUUAUUGUAACCUGUGCGUUUUCCUUUUGCUGGCUUCCUGCACACGUGGUUCACAUGAUAAUUGUCAUGAAAGCAUGGAACGUUAAGGUAACCCUUCAGCCGAUUGUCAUGUUUGUGUGUUUUUGGUUUGGUCACGCUAACAGCGCCAUCAACCCAUGGCUGUACAUUUCCCUGAGCACCAAGAUCAAUACAGCAUUUGUAAGAAUGGUGACUAGAAAAAGGAGCCAGUCACCUUCGAGUCUCAGCGUCCAAACAUCACACGUCCUUUUACAACUUGAAAAUGGAGCUGUCCAGGAAAAAUCAACAUCGCAAUCUACAUCAUUUAGUCAUUACUAAUUCCAUUACAUUAAGAUGUAGAAAAUAUUAAAAAACAUAUAAGUUUCAACCUUGCAGGAUCAGUGUAAUAAAAAGAAAAAUCAAAGAGAUUGAUCUAUUAGAAGCAGAAACUACGCGUAGCAGGAUGUCAGUAGGUAAAUGACAUAAUUGAGAUGUUGAUAUGAGAACUCGCAAGUAGUAAUAAUUAGAAGCUAACUAGCUGGCUGCUUCGAACGAUCCAGCCUCAGCCAAUUUACAUGUACUGACAAGAGCACUUUAGAAAACCAUUUUUGUUGAGGGCAGGACUGCAUGUAAGAAAGAAAAAAAUGUGUAUUGUGAGCAAAUUUCUGCUCAAUACCUUGUGGAACCGAAUUUAACAGUACUCUUCCGUCUUGGUCUGCACAAAGGAGGCGAAUAGUGUUGUGCGAGAUUCUGAGUAAACCAGCUCAGACAAUCGAGCUACUUAUACGAGUUUGAUCCCACUGACUUGUCAAUUUAACUCGGAUUUAUAGAUAACACAAAUGCAAAAGGAACAUCAUAACUAGGGUUUCCUGAUCAGCUAAUACUUGCUGGCAGACUUAUAACAAGUGGCGAAUGAAGAAUUUUCCAAAAGCGGUAAUUGCAAAAUUUGUUUCAGGGUACCGUUCCUCGAAAGUCCUGCCAACUUGAGGGGCUCGAACCCAUAUUUUAUAAUCAAAAGUUGAAGAAUAGAGAAGCAGGCUCUUAACCCAUAACCAGUCCAUUUUGUUUCUUUAGCUGCUAGCUUUAUUGUAUAAUUCCCAAAACGUUUGAACCCCCAUCUUGAAACCAGAACACCUUUACGGGCCUGUUAAGUUAGCGGGACUAAACAAAAAAGUUAGCAGAUUUAGAUUGCAAGUUUAGAUGUAUAAGCAGGCUGAGUAUCUUGUUUUGGAUUCCUGUAAAUGGAGGUUUUUCUUCAGUGCUUCUGGUAGCGCUAAUCAGGUGUAUUUGCGUGCGUUGUAUUUUCGUAGUCAUAAUUUCUCUCUUUAUUUCAGUAUAACAGUCUUCAAAGAGGGCCUCGGAUAGUUUAAGUUUGUUAAAUUGGAAAACAAAGUAAAAUAAAUGAUAACACGGAUAA